AAGAGAGGGUUGUAAUUUGGGUUGAGAAGAAGAAGAGUGAUUCCGGUUGAAAAGCCACCGGAAAAAGGUGUCCUACAAUCCUAGGAAGUAGGAGAGAGAAAAAUCUUGAGGAAUGUACCUGGGCGCAUUUUGGGGAGUAAGGCAAUUUACUAUCUCACGAAUGCUUUUUUUUUUUUUUGACAAGGACUAUCUCAAGUGAAGUGUAUCAAAGACGAGGAAGGGAAAGUUUUGGUAGAGGAUGCCCUUAUUAGACGAAGAUGGCAGUCCUACUUUCAUAAACUCCUGAACGAAGAGGGGGACCGGAACAUAGUUUUAGGCGAAUUGGAGCUCUCUGAGAGCCGCCGCGAUUUUGGAUACUGCAGGGGGGUCAAGGUUGAAGAGGUCGAGGGGGUUAUGCAGAAGAUGAGCAAGGGGAGGGCGACCGGGCCAGAUAAAAUACAGGCAGAAUUUUGGAAGAAUGCGGAUAGGGGAGGCUUGGAGUGGCUUACGCGGUUAUUGAAUGUUAUUUUUAGGACGGCAGAGAUGCCUGAAGAGUGGAGAUGGAGCACCAUGAUCCCGUUGUAUAAAAACAAGGGGGAUAUUCAGAACUGCAACAACUAUAGGGGUAUCAAGCUAUUGAGCCAUACGAUGAAAGUUUGGGAGAGAGUGGUCGAAGCGAGGAUGAGGAAGUUAGUUUCUAUUUCGGAGAACUAGUUCGGAUUCAUGCCGAGGCGUUCGACUACAGAAGCCAUUCACCUGGUGAGGAGGUUGGUGGAGCAGUAUAGGGAUAAGAAGCCUGACUUGCACAUGGUGUUUGUCGACCUUAAGAAGGCUUACGACAAAGUCCCGAGAGAGGUGUUGUGGAGAUGUCUGGAAGCUAGAGGUGUUCCUGUAGCAUACAUUAGAGCGAUUAAGGACAUAUAUGAUGGAGCCAAAACCUGGGUGAGGACGGUUGGAGGUGACUCGGAACACUUUCCAGUCACGAUGGGCCUGCACCAGGGGUCCGCGCUUAGCCCGUUUCUGUUUGUUUGUUGUGGCUAUAGACGCUCUGACAAGCCACAUUCAAAGAGAGGUACCGUGGUGCAUGUUGUUUGCAGAUGACAUUGUGCUUAUUGACGAGUCACGGAGCGGUGUUAACGCGAGACUGGAGGUUUGGCGACAUACUCUAGAGUCGAAGGGUUUCAAGUUGAGCAGGACUAAGACAGAGUACUUAGAGUGCAAGUUCAGUAAUGGGAGUCAAGUAGAGGACGAGGACGUGCAGCUGGAUACUCAGGUCAUCCCGAAAAAAGAAAGUUUCAAGUACCUGGGGUCGAUCAUCCAAGGGACUGGUGAGAUUGACGACGAUGUCACACAUCGUAUUAGAGCGGGGUGGAUGAAAUGGAAGCUCGCAUUGGGGGUGUUGUGUGAUAAGAAGGUGUCGCCUAUUCUAAAGGGAAAGUUCUACAAAGCGGUGGUUAGACCGGCUAUGUUGUAUGGGACGGAAUGCUGGCCAGUUAAGAAAGCGCAUGUCCAGAAGAUGAAAGUAGCUGAGAUGCGGAUGCUGAGAUGGAUGUGCGGGCAUACCAGGAGAGAUAGGAUUCGAAAUGAAAUGAUUCGAGAUAAGGUGGGUGUGGCCCCUGUGGUGGAUAAGAUGCGGGAAGGGAGGUUGAGGUGGUUCGGCCACGUGCAGCGGAGAUGCGCUGAUGCGCCAGUGAGGAGGUGUGAGAGGAUGGCUGUGGUGGGCCUGAAGAGAGGGAGGGGUAGGCCAAAGAAGGCCUGGGGAGAGGUGAUUCGGCAGGACAUGGCGUUACUCCAGCUUACCAAGGACAUGACCGGUGAUAGGAGGGGGUGGAGGUCGAGUAUCAGGGUAAAGGGCUAGUGGGGGGCCGCGAGGUUUCCUUUCUCGUAUUAGGAGUAUUUUUAUCCUGCUUCUAUGUGUUGAUCUUGUCUAUCUUUGUUAUUUUUAUCAUGACUUCGUUGCUCUUGCUAUUUCUCAUUUUCACAUGAUUUUGAUUUGCUAGUCCGUAUCGAACUCUUUUCCCUUGUUUCCCUUAUUUUCCUUGUUUUCUUCUGAGCCGAGGGUCUUUCGGAAACAACCUUCCUACCUUCCAAGGUGGGGGUAAGGUCUGCGUACACUUUACCCUCCCCAAACCUCACGUUGUGGGAUCCAACUGGGUAUGUUGUUGUUGUUGUUGACAAGGACUAUCUCAUGAUUGCUUUAAAGUAAUCAACUUUGAGAAAAUUAUCAAAAUGGUCCUUAAUCUAGUUGGACUAUUUUGGUUCUUGAUGUCCAUAUCUCAACAGAAUAGUCCUUAAUGUAUACAAGAAGGGGUUGCUUUUAAUCCUAAACCCUAAAACUAACGGCAUAGAUCACCCUAAAACUAACGGCAUAGAUCAAACAUACUGUUUAAUUUAACUAACAAAAAGUUUUGGUGGUUAUCCUUGUCGCCAAUGUCUUGCUCGCUCAUACAGGUGCUUGCGACGGGGAAAGUGAAACUGAGGAACCAAAAAGUAUUUCUAGCACAAAAAAAAAAAAAGAGGAUAUGCAAUAGCAGACGUAAUGGAUUUUGCGCAUGAUUCCAUUUUUCCAUAACACUAAAAGGAAAUAGCAGAAGAAAUAUUGAAUUUUCCUCCUGUUUUUUACAAACUAAAUUCUUGAAGCAAAAGGUUUUCUUUCUGUUAUUUCUUGGAGAAAAGUUUCUCAAAAAAGAUAAAAACGAAGAAAAAAAAGUGAGUUGAUUUUAACGUUACCAUUGUCAAAAAACAAAAAGUGAGUUGAUAAUGACUAGAUUUAAAAAGUAGUGAACCAGAAAACGAAAAGUUUUCUUCAAGGACUAGUUUACCAUCUCUAUAGGAGUCCUCAGUCUAACUU